UUCACAUUUUGACGUUUUUCGACAUGGAUCAUGAAUCACAAUACACGAAAGGUUCGUUCAGAGAACGACAAUGAACUUUUGGAUGUACGUUGCCACAGGUGCACGACAUGUUUUGUAAUGCAUAAAAAUUUACAGAUUUUUUUCAUUUGUAUUUGGAAAAGUAUCAAAAUUGAAAAAAAAGUAUCUCUCCAAAAUUCAUCGAAAAAUGUAUCAGUUUUGAUCCACUUGGAUCAAAACGGUCACACUGGUCUGAACCUAGAAAACUCAAGGUUGCCUCGAAUACUGGCGGAAGAGACGCUGCAGAAAGCUACUUAUUGGGUAAAAGGCUGGAACGAUAUUGUCCAUAAGGCAAAUAUGGAGGCUAUAACAGACUUCUCUCCAAAUGUACUAGGCAGUUACAUCCCUACGUUACUGGAUAAGCUUGUUAAGAAUGAGUUCUGUAUGUUUGUUGAAUGUGCCCAAAAGUUAACUUCUCGUGACCUGUACCCACAGUUUGUUCCAUUAUCACAAACAUAUUUUAGUGAUGAAUUUAGCAAGAACAACAUAAGUUUGAUUCUUCGCGAUUAGCUUUGUAUAAGUAUCUACGAGAA